CCUCUCUCUCUCUAUCGCUCUCUCUCUCUCUGCUACAGGUGUGAGGAGAACUAAACCAGCGCCUGUAACAGGCACCUGUAACUCCUGGCCAAAACCAGACCUCCAUCACAUAGCAUUAAUAAUAUCAUAAUACUGACCAGACAUUAUCUAGAGCAUUACACACAUAUUCGCUUACACACCAACUUCUGUUGUGUCCUAAGACUCGUGGGCCCAGUCAGCUUCACCUGAAUAGAUACAGUGUGAGUUUCUAUGAAGUGACAUUCAAGACAGGCAGGAUGAAUUUUGACGAGGUCCUGGACCGGAUCGGAGGGUUUGGACGCUUCCAGAAGACGCUUUAUGUUUGGAUCUGUCUGCCACAGAUCUUCUUGGCCUUCCACAUGUUGGUGUCUGUCUUCACUGGGGCCGUGCCCCCUCACCUGUGCAGAUCCGCCUGGCCAACGGGCAACAGUGGUGGCCCUGGGCCGGGCCUCAACUUCAGCAUUGCUCCUGGGGAGUCCUGCACAUCCUUUCAGGAUGGCCCUCUGUCCCGGCUUAAUCACAGUCUAGCAAUUACAGAGCACCCGUCUACCUCAAACAGCUGCGCAGGAUGGGAGUUCAGCAAGGAAGUAUUCCUCAGCACUAUUGUCACAGAGUGGGAUCUUGUGUGUGAAAAUGCCACUUUGAACAACAUUGGUUCUUCUAUCUAUAUGUUUGGGCUGCUGGUUGGAGCUGUGCUGUUUGGUGCCCUUGCUGAUAAGUAUGGCCGCAGAAUUAUCAUAUUGACUGGUUUAGCAGUACAGGCCAUCUUUGGAGUGGGGGUCGCUUUCGCCCCAAAUUUCUACAUUUAUGUCCUGCUUCGGUUCGUGGUGGGCAUGACUGUGUCUGCAGUGAUUAUGAAUGCAUUUGUGUUGGGUACUGAGUGGACGGGCCCCAAAAAGCGCAUGCUGGCAGGUGUCAUCACAGAUUAUUUCUUUGGUUUUGGCUACAUCCUCCUUGCAGGGGUGGCCUACCUCAUCCGAGACUGGCGUAAACUGCAGUUGGCCAUUUCUGCCCCUGGCUUCCUCUUCGUGUUCUACAUCUGGGUGCUUCCUAAGUCUGCCCGUUGGUUAAUGGCCAAUAAGAAGCAUGAAGAGGCAUUGGAUCUAAUUCGCAAGGCGGCACUUAUUAAUGGCAAACCUCUGGUGGACAACGACUUUGAACUCUGUCAGAGCGCUAAAAACUCAGAGAAAAUUCAAGACCUGAGGAAGUACACUGUCAUCGAUCUGGUCCGAACGCCCAGAAUGAGGAAACAGUCCCUCAUUCUCUUCUACUUGUGGUUUGUGAACGUCCUGGUGUACUAUGGGCUAUCACUCAAUAUUUCAGACUUUGGUAUGAAUAUCUACCUGACACAGAUGAUCUUUGGCUUGGUGGAGAUGCCAGCACGUACCAUUACUCUCUUCACCCUAAACCGCUCACGCAGGAUAUCCCAGUUAGCAUUCUUGGCAGUAGGUGGCCUGGCCUGCCUUGUAACCAUAUUCAUUCCAGAUGAUCUGUCCAUUGUUCGCACUGUACUUGCCAUGGUGGGCAAGUUUGGCAUCACAGCAUCACUGUCCAUUGUGUACAUUUACUCAGCAGAGGUCUUCCCAACAGUCAUCAGACAAAACGGCAUAGGUAUGGGUUCGAUGUGUGCACGGGCAGGUGGAGUGAUUGCACCCAUCAUCUACCUCUUGAGAAACAUCAGCCAUCACGCCCCCAUGGUGGUAUUCGGCCUGUGCCCGCUCAUAGGUGCCGCCCUCACUAUGUUUCUGCCUGAGACGGCCCAUAAUCCCCUGCCAGACACUAUAGAGGAUGUGGAGUGCCCCAGGGUCCGCGCUACGGCUGAGAAGUCUCAACAUGCUUCGUAUGAAGAGUGUCCAAAACAGAACCCCGACAUCAUCCUCUGAACAGCGGGCGCAGAUUUAACUCUCUGCAAACAACCAUUUCGGAAGGAAAGACUUUUCAUGUGUUGUUUUCAACUUUUCUUUCCAGGACUACUUGAACAUAGUCAAGGCAAGUGCAGUGUGUGUAUGAAGGCAAGUGAAAUACAUUACUGAGCUUAGAUUUUGGAAGCAUUUUUAUCAUAAUAUUACAAUAAUGUACAUUGAUGAGGGCAUUUUUUAUGUUGGUUUUUUUAUUAAAAUGGAUAAAUCUGAA